AUGGCGGAGCAAUUCACAAUUCGUGUGAAGAAAUAUAUGAGCAACCCCCUGCUGCAAAGGAAACAGUUCGCCCUGGAAAUACUACAUCCCAACAAGGGCUCCGUGUCGAAGAAGGACGUAAAAGAAAAGUUAGCGAAAAUGUACAAGCUCAACAACGUUAAUACAAUUGUACUAUUCGGAUUUAAAUCCCUAUUCGGAGGUGGAAGAACCAAAGGGUUUGGCCUCAUUUACAACAACGUGGAUGCUGUUAAAAAAUUUGAAAAGAAAUACAGACAAAUAAGGGAAGGAUUAAUAACCAAGGAGAACAAACCAGGACGAAGGGCUGCCAAAGAAUUGAAAAAUCGAAGAAAGAAGGUACGUGGUACGGCCAAGACAAAGGUUUCAGGAGCAAAGAAAAAGUAA